AUGCCGAGGUCCUUCCUAGUGAAGAGCAAGAAAGCGCACAGCUACCACCAGCCCCGCUCCGCCGACGAGGACUACAGCCUGCGGCUGGAGACGGUGCUAGCCCAGAUCUGUGCAGACAGCAAGAUCCCCGAGGACACGGGGAUGUGCCGCCCCGUCCUGCCCGAUCCGGAGCCUUCCCAGGGGCGCUUCUCCCCGGAAUCCCACCUUACCGAGGCUGCCGAUGGCACCUCCGAGUCAGCGCCCAGCUGCGAGGGCAGCGUCUGUGACAGGGUGUCCGAGUUUGAGGAUUUCUGGAGACCUCCCUCGCCCUCCGUCUCGCCAGCCUCGGAGCGAUCUGUGUGUCCAUCCCUAGAUGAAGCACCCCCCUUCUCGGUGCCCUUCAAACCGUACAUGUGGAACAGCCUGGGUGGCUCCGAGCUGAGGCACCUUGUGCAAAGCUACAGGCCCUGCCCGACACUGGAGCGAACCUCCGCCCUGGGGCUCUACUGCGAGCGAGGCUCAGAGCCUGCCCUCUAUGGUGCAGAGUGUAGCUCUUCCCUCGGACUUUAUGGUGACUUCGGCUCCCCAGGCCCAGGGCUGUUUGAGCGGCCGGCAGCAGCAGCACCCGGACUCUAUGCCGAGACGCAGCCUGGGCUGCAGCAAGAGAAGGGGCCAGGUGGCAUCAAAGUAGAGUCGGACCUCUUAUGCCGCCCACUGCUCAUCAGCACUGGCUCUUACAAGUGUGUCAAGUGCAGCAAGGUCUUCUCCACACCACAUGGCCUUGAGGUACAUGUGCGCCGCUCACACAGUGGCACGAGGCCCUUUGCCUGUGACAUGUGUGGCAAGACCUUCGGCCAUGCAGUCAGCCUGGAGCAGCACAAGGCCGUACACUCACAGGAACGCAGCUUUGAUUGUAAGAUUUGUGGCAAGAGCUUUAAGAGAUCUUCUACUCUGUCCACCCACCUGCUCAUCCACUCGGACACCCGGCCCUAUCCGUGCCAGUACUGUGGGAAGCGGUUCCACCAGAAAUCUGAUAUGAAGAAACACACCUUCAUUCACACAGGUGAGAAGCCUCACAAGUGCCAGGUGUGUGGAAAAGCCUUUAGUCAGAGCUCCAACCUCAUCACCCACAGUCGGAAGCACACAGGCUUCAAGCCCUUUGGCUGUGAUCUGUGUGGCAAAGGCUUCCAACGAAAGGUGGAUUUACGGAGACACCGCGAGACACAGCACGGCCUGAAAUGAGUCCCAGCUGCAAUACGGAAAGCACCUACAACACUAUAAGAACAGACUCCCUUGGCUUCCCCGCUGGACCCAAGCCCUGUCCUGAGCACAGACCCUGGCAUUACCUUUCUGACUAGGAGCUCAGAGAGGAAAGAAGAGGACAGGGCCAUGCAUUGACAGCUCAACCUGAAUGACUGUGAAAGCGGAAAUUAAAGGCUGGGGUUUCUCUCUUUCUCUUUCCCUCUCUGUUUCUGAAGUAACACUGGAAAAUAAGCCUUUUAGAUAUGAAGCCUGAUACUCCAAAGAUGGAUAAGCUACCAAUAUGUGUAAGCUGGAAAAUAUUUCUCCCAUGGCCAAGAUGACCCCCCUGAAGUUUUCAGUAGCUUGAAUCGCCUUGCAGGGAAACAUGGGUAUAACAGUGUUUACAUGGUAAUGACAGAGAGCCAUCAGCACACCGUGUAGGGAGUGCUUGCCUUGGUUGAGUGCUGAAUGGGUUCACUCUUGGUUUCCUGUCAGGAAAACCUGAAGGAUCAGGACUGAACUGUGCAGUUUGACAUCUUGCUGGUUUUUAAGUAAAGGUACCAGCUUGGGCCUGAUCCUGCUCUCACUUGUUCUGGUGCAAAUCAGGAGCUGCAUUAACAGUUAUAGAGAGGCCCUUUUUUCCCUCCCAGAGCCAUCUCUCUGUGCAAGGCCUGGCUGUGUGCAUGUGUGUUUGAGGCAUGGGGGGUUACUUCUUGCUACAUCCACUAGGGAGGAGGAAGCUUGUGAAAGACAAGUGGAAAAGCCAAAGCACAGAGUUACGCCUUAUAACUAGAAACCCAUCCAAGAAGUAUACUGAGUGAGGAGGGCAGGAGCACCGGGGAGGCACAGACUUUCUGUCCAGAACCAUUACUGGCUUCUGCACUCUGGGCUUGUUCUAAUAACUGGAAAAUAGCUACUCAAUAUCAUCAUUUGUAUAUUUGUUUUUGUUUUUUCAUUUUUAAAGGGAAACUCAGCUGAGGUGGGCAGGAAUCAUUAUAAAAAUAUAAUUGACUGAAUUUGCCUUAAAUGACCCUGCAUGUACCUCAGUUUAAAAAAUGCUGUUUUUACUUUGUUGACAGGUUUGUAAAUGUCCUUAUUUAGAUUUUAUGGAGUGUCUUAUGUUUAUUGGUACGUAUUUAUUGGAACAAUGUUUUAAGUUA